UUGGUGUUGUUACGAUCUGCAUCUGCUCGAAAACCCAUUGCUUGAAAGGCCUGGUCAGAAGAGGAGCACAGUUGCGGCACACAGGAUCUUUGUUGAGGUAUGCGGGAUCUCUUCGUUCCGGUGCUUGGGCUUCUCUCUAGUUGCAGCACUCAGACUUCUCUCUAGUUGUGGUGCGUGGGUUUUCUCUCUCUAGUCGUGGCACACGGGCUCCAGAGCACGUGGGCUCUGUAGUUUGCAGCACGCGGGCUCUCUCGUUGAGGCUCGUGUGCUCAAUAGUUGUGGCACGUGGGCUUCCUUGCCCCGGGGCAUGUGGGAUGUUAGUUCCCCGACCAGGGAUUGAACCCUCAUCCCCUGCAUGAAGGUGGAUUCUUUACCACUGGACCACCAGGGAAGUCCCGAAAGUAAUCUUUUGAUGAUGCUUUAAGAGAAGAUAGCAUUCUCAAGGUUGGCUGUUUUUCUCUAGAGUUGAUGUGAUGUGAGCGGUGUCUGCCUGGAGGGGCCUGAUGGGUGAAACUGGGGGUAGUGUGGGUAGAAAGCUGAACAUCGGGCUACCCACACUCCUCCAGGGAUCAAAGUGAGCAGAAUUGGGAUAUUUUCAUAUAUAAUUCCAGAAUGCCUUCGGAGAGCCAUGCUAAGAUUUCUUCAUUACCUCUUCCAUACACGAAACCACACCUUUGUUAUCCUGCAUCUCAUCUUGCAAGGGAUGGUUUAUACUGAAUACACCUGGGAAAUAUUUGGCCUCUGUCAAGAGCUGGAGUUCUCCUUGAAUUACCUUUUUCUGCCUUAUCUGCUGCUGAUUGUAAAUCUGGUUUUUUUUGCCCUAAGUUGUGAAACAAACCCUGGUACCAUAACAAAAGCAAAUGAAUUACUGUUUCUUCAAGUUUAUGAAUUUGAUGAAGGGAUGUUCCCAAAGAACAUGAGGUGUUCUACUUGUGAUUUAAGGAAACCAGCGCGAUCCAAGCACUGCAGUGUGUGUAACCGGUGUGUGCACCGCUUUGACCAUCACUGUGUGUGGGUGAACAACUGCAUCGGGGCCUGGAACAUCAGGUACUUCCUCUUCUACCUCUUGACGUUGACGGCCUCGGCUGCCACCAUGGCUGUGGUGAGCACCGUGUUUCUGGUCCAGCUGGUGAUGGUGUCGGACUUGUACCUGGAGACUUAUGUCGAUGACUUGGGACACUUGCAGGUGGUUGACACUGUCUUUGUUAUUCAGUACCUGUUCCUGACCUUCCCGAGGAUUGUCUUCCUGUUGGGCUUUGUUGUGGUGCUGAGCUUCCUCCUGGGGAGCUACCUGUGCUUCUGUCUGUACCUGGCCGCUACCAACCAGACCACUAACGAGUGGUACAGAGGUGCCCGAGCCUGGUGCCAGCAUUGCCCCCACGUGGCCUGGACCCCAUCAGCAGAGCCCCAGGUUUACCGGAACAUUCACUCCCGUGGGCUUUGGAGCAACCUUCGCGAGAUCUUUCUACCUGCUGUCGCACAUUAUGAGAGAAAGAAGAAAUAAGAAUGGGAAGAGUGUUACUGCCUUUUAAAUAUAGUAUAUGUUUAUUUAUACAUAUGGAUACUUUUUAAAAAAUUUUUAUUUAUUUA